GUCUCUUCAUUGACCAAUCCGAUUCAAUCUUUAUCCCUUAUAACAAACCCAGCCCGGUUGCUAUAUAAACGAAUUGACAACAAGCUUCGAUAAGGCUUUGAGCGGAAAGCUGUGGAAGAAUUACAUGCUGUAAAUUUAAACAAGAGCAUCAGUAUAUCCACUAUGAAGGCGGUCAGUCCGGUGCGGUCCAUAAGGAAACCUGCCUUCCAUUUUUCGGAGCACAAUCUUGGCAUCUCGCGGAGCAAGACUUCCCUGGACGACCCGCUCAGUCUACUGUACAACAUGAAUGACUGCUAUAGCAGGUUGAAGGAGCUCGUGCCGAGUCUACCGCAGAACACGAGCGUGAGUAAAAUGGAGAUCUUGCAGCAUGUCAUAGAUUAUAUUCUGGAUCUUCAGAUCGCACUGGACCAGAACCCUCUCGGACAGGGCCCCCCAAAAAAGACUGUCAAAUCACUCGGCGCUGAUAUCAGCAUCAUCUCUUUCCAGCCCAGUAACCCUCAAAGAGAUAUCAGCUCAGAUGACCUCAUAGCCCUAUCUCGUUGACACGGUGUUUCGGACAUAGAGCAAAAACAGGACUUUGUGUUUUCUUUCUUUAACUUUUUUUUUUUUUUGUCCGGUGUCAUUCGCCUGGACUUCGUCUUGAAUGACAAGGAUUUCCCUCAAAUGGACAUAAAGAGUCUGAGCUGAC